UGCUUCGAAUAAUAACGAAAACAAUCAGCUGUAGUUGGGAGAAAGCGAGCGAAGUAUUUCUAUCUUCUAAAAGUUAUCUGAUUUUGAAUAGUUUCAAAAACUUUUCAAUGGAUAUAGAACCUGAAGGAAAGAUGGAUCUUGGUGCUAUGAGGGUUCCGUAUGAACCUCUGCUUGAAAGAGAUUUUUCUUCAAAGGAUCCAAUAAAACUCUUUGAUAGGUGGUUCAAUGAUGCUUGUAAAACGGAUGGGAUUCGUGAAGCAAAUGCCAUGGCUGUUGCAACUGCUGACAAGCAGGGGAAACCGUCUGUGCGAUAUGUGCUUUUGAAAUCUUACAGUAAGGAAGGUUUCAUAUUUUAUACUAACUACAACAGUCGAAAAGGGCGAGAAAUUGCUGAGAAUCCCCAAGUUGCAUUGCUGUUCUAUUGGGAACCUCUGUGUCGUCAGAUUAGAAUUGAAGGCUCAAUAUCUAAACACAGUCAAAAGGAAUCUGAAGACUAUUUUCAUUCUAGACCAAAAAGCAGCCAACUUUCUGCAGUGGUUAGCAAUCAGAGUGAAGUCAUUGAAAACAAGGAGGUUUUAAUUAAGAAGAGAGAAGAACUGGAACAAAAGUAUGCAGAUGAAUCAGCUGUAAUUCCCAAACCUGAUCAUUGGGGUGGAUAUUUGAUUAAACCUGAUAAUUUUGAAUUCUGGUGUGGCCGUAGUGACAGAUUGCAUGAUCGGAUAAAAUUUAGACGUCCACUUCCCAAUGAAAUUCCUGAUGAGAAAAAGACAUACUCUGGUGAAGAUGGAUGGGUUUAUGAAUAUUUAUCACCAUAAAUGAAGUGUGUAUAUAUAUGUAUAUGAAUCAGAAAAUAUAUAUUUUUGUUGGUUUUAUUUUGGAAUUCUCUAUUUGUUGUUUCUUGUUUUUCCAAUACAUCAUCUAAUAAAUGUUUAGGUUUGGUUGAUUCAUUUUUAAUUUAAUAUAAAAUUGUUAAAUUAUUUAUUGUAAAGUUUUUAUCUUCUGCAUAUGUUAGAUCAAGGCAUAAAUGGAAUGGUAUUGAAAUUAUAAAUUUUAAUUGUUAAUGUUUUUAUUUCAAAAUUUUUGUUUUAUGUAUAUAUUGUUUAUAUAUAUAUGUGUGAUGAAAACUAUUCUCAUAUUAGAUAUAAUUGUUAAAGGAGGCAAAAUUUCUUUUACUGUGUAUGCUAUUGCUUUCAAUGUUGUAAUACAAGUACAUAAAUGCUAUGCAAAUGUGCAGCUAUUAAUCACAUUGAAAUAGUAGAUCUAAAACUAGUAUUGUUGUCUGUUAUAUAGAUUGUUAUUCAUAUUAAAAGUAAUAUAUUUAAGUAAGGCUUCUGGACAUAUUAUUUUUCAAUAAAUCAAUUAAAAAUUUAUUUAUUUAAAAAUUUAAAAUGUGUGUUUGAAUGAAUCAUUCUUAGUAUUGCUGACCUCUAGAAUUUUUGUUUCAGAAUAAUAAUAUUUAAAAGCAUAAUUUUAAACUAUACAUUUAAGAAAUAAUUUUAAAGUAUACAAUUAUUAUAGAUGAUACAUUCUUAAACUGUACUAUUGACAGUUAUAUCUGUGCAUGACUUGUCUUGAAAAUCAUUUAAAUAAUGUUAUUCUUAAUUUGUAAGAAUGUAAAGAGCAAUUUCAUUUUCUCAAAUUUUAAAAAUGUCA